AAAUCACGUGUAUUUGGAUUAAUUUUAAUCUUAAUUUCCACGUAUAUUUUAAAUGAAUUAAAGAAAAACAAAUGAAUAUGUCUCUAAAGUUGUCAAGGUUACUAUGGCAAUGUUGAAUAAUGGCCUCCCUGGGGGAAACGUCGACUUUUAUCCGAAGAAAAAACAAAACAGAUAAAAUAAUAAAGAUGUCGGAGCCGAAGAGCUCCAGGAAAACAGCAGAAGAAAGAGUUUUAACUUUGGACUCGUUGGUUUCAGACGCAGAUGAAGGUUUGGUUCAGUUUGAAGAACAUGACGAGAAAGAGGAGCAGCGCUUCAUCACCAGUCGCUCCGUGUUCAACAAGGUUAUUGGUCGAGCGACGACCUAUAAGAAACUCCUGUUGACCAUAAAGACAGAGUACGAGGAUUUCAUCAGUGAGCUGAAGAGGAGGGAGGAUGAAGACAAGAAGGCCCAGCGAACUGUGGCAUCCUUAACGUCACUUCCAAAAUCAUUAGUGACCUGCCAGAGAAGAGCGGAGCAGCUGAGGGUCAGGAUCUCUGACCUUCAGAGUGAAACAUCAAACCUUCUGGAGGAGCAGAGGAGACAGAAAUCAUCUGAAGGGCGGAGCACAUGGAUCCCUGGUUUGACUGUGGCUGAGUCCGAGGAUCCUGAGGCUCUGGACGAGCACCUGAGGCGUCUCGAGGCCCAGAGAGCUGCUCUCCUGGACAGGAAGAGUCACUGCGUCUCUCUGGAGGUCAAAACACUGCUGGACGGCGAGCUGCAGAGCGUCGAGUGCCACAUUGAAGAGCUGAGCACAGAGAACCAUCAACUGAAAGUUCUAUACAAGCGUCUGAGAUGUGUGUGUGACCAUUUGUCUAGCUGGGAGGAGGAGGAGGAGAAGGUUCCACUGGAGGAACUCCUGGGUUCUAUACUUGAGAACAUCAGUCAGACCAGCGUGACGGACGAUGACGAUGAUGGAGAGUUGUUUGAGACCGAAGAGCCGACUGGAGUCAACGGGUCCGAACUCGUAGCAGAUUACCUGGACAGGUUCAUUCAGCUCUUUGACUCGGCUCAGUAUGAGGACGCAGCUCUCGUAGCUGCCAGAUCUCCUCAAGGAGUCCUGAGGAACGUUGAUACCAUGGAGAUGUUUAAAGGUGUGACAGCCGCCCCGGGGUCAGUCCCCCCUCUCCUCCUCUUCUUCCAGUCCCUACUGAUCACUGCUGUCCCUGGUACUCAGCUGUCGGCUCCUCUCUCGCUCCACUGUGUCCUCUUCGCCCUGCGUCAUGGCGCCUCGCAGCUCGUCACCCACGCCAUCACCCAGAACAAACUCACCUUUUCUGAGCACCUGGGUGACAUCCUUAUCGAGCACGCUCUGGAAAACGCCAGCGUGGCCGACCUGUGUCUGGCGUUGGCCACCGUCGUCUACGAGGCCUGUGGGCUGAACAGGAAGACGGCACUGAGCAUGUGCAGGAGAGGCCUCAUCCACAGCGCCGCCAAGUUCAUGCACCACUGCAAGGACCUCAAAGCUGAGGACUUUAUUUGGGUUCUGUGUCGCUCGCCCAGCCUCACCCUCCUCCAGCUGUUAACGGAGCCUCAGACCAGUGUUCGGGCGGCCAUCUUGUCAGUGGGUAGGGCCUGUUCAACUCUGAUGGUUGACCCUCAUCAUGGGGAGUUAGCGCUGCAGCUCCUGGACAGUUUCGUCAGCCGAGGUCGAGAGGUUUUUGAGAAUGUGAUCCUGGAGGACAGCAACUCAUCGGUGGACGUUUGGAUCAAUGUUGCGUCUCUGUGCUCUGAGCUGAAACGACCCGACUUGAACCGGGCCAUCCUGUCCGUCCUUCUGGACCAGAGCGGGACCAGAGUCCUGUCCCCGGACCUGGAGGGAGCCUGUCUCAUGGAACACGUCUUCCUAUGAAGACAAGGCAUGAACGUUCUCCCACACAACAACACACGGCCUAACAACAGCAAAUACUCCUCUUCCUCACACAGAAUCUGGUUGUUGUUGUGUAAAGGUUGGACUAUGGGCAGAAAAGGUCUCUGGUUCGUCUCUGGUUCGACUCCACGAAGAGACAACAAAAAGACGAACCUGGAUUGAUCUGUCCUAAAAUCCAAGAGAAUUCUCCCUACCCUGUCUAGUGCCCCUGAGCAAGGCACCUUACUCCCCCAAUGGCUGCUCACUGCUUUGUGUGUCCUGCACCAGAUGGGUUAAAUGCAGAGGAUAAAUUUACCUACCAUUGCAUGAUUGUGUUGUGCAUGUCUGUGCAUGUGUUUGGUAUAAAUAAACUAAUCUUAAUCUUAAUCUUAAUCUUAACCACAAUAUAAUUCUAU